AAAACGUCUGGUUCGCGGCGUCAUAGGAAAAAUCGACGGAAUCGUGACAUGUUGAGGGAAGAAUCUGGAGCGAUGGAUAAUGUGCUAGUGAUAAGGUCUGAUGAUAAAGAUGAAGAAGCGAGAUCGGCAGGAGCCAGAUCGGCCGGUAAAAAACCAGUGGUGACGAAACUCGAACUAGAUGCUAGCUCUCGCGAUCGCUCUCGAGAAGUGCAGCAGCAGCAGCAGCCAGAUUCUGAAGAGUUACGAACGGCCAUGUCCAGAAGAUCUCGUUCGGAAGAUCGUCUGUCCAGUCGAAUGGCCAAGUUGAAAGGUCAAAAAACAAAACAAAGUAGAAAAGACGAAGAACAUGCACGGAAGUUGAGGGAAGCGAUAAAACAACUGAAUAAGGCGUUGAAUUUGAGAGCCUCCAAGCGCGAGAAUGCCCCCAAAAUGGAAGAGCAGAAAAAUGAGGAAGAACCGAAAAACGAACAGCAAGAUGAGGAUACGACGCAGAGACUCUCAUCGAUGGAAGAGUUGCAGAAGUUCGAGGAAAUAUUGGCCAAAAACAUUACAAAGCAGAAAGAUGACAAGACGCAAAAAGAUAAGAAAAUGAUUCUAAAAGUUUUGAACUUUUCGGACUCAAAAGUAUCGAGUGAAACCGAAGCCGAGUCCACAAUGAGUACUCAACAACCGUCGUCAGCAAGUGCCAUAUCAAUGGGAGCAUUUUCGACGGCCAAAUCUUUGGUGAGUGGUCUGUUGCAAGGUGUUCAAAAGACGGGGGGUGAUCCCUCGACGAUCUCACCGAAUUCGGAUACUAGCGGCACGCGGAUCACGUUAGCUUCACCUACGCCAACCUCGACACCGACAACCGGUGUUUCGGGCGCCACUUCUCGUACUUCAGGUAUGUUCACCUCAACCGGAAGUGACAUGACGAGUUCAUUAGUCUCAAUGCAUUCCACCAAAACUGUCAAUUCAAGCAGCUCAUCGUCCAGUUCAAAUUUUGUUGGUAAGUGA